ACCAUAUCACCAGUGACCCUUCUUCUUGGUAUUUUGCAAGUUCCGUUCAUGGUUGCUAAAACAGCAGUUUCACCUGAUCCGGAGAUGACGUGUAACUCCUGCUGCCAGGGCCCAGCCGGUAUACCUGGAAUUCCCGGGUCAAAUGGAAACCAUGGUCAAGGGCUUGUAGGGUCCCCUGGUGAGGCAGGUCAACCCGGGGCUAAAGGAGACAUGGGGUCAGAUGGACUGGUUGGUGAGCCAGGCGCUAAAGGGGAUCAUGGCCAAAAGGGAGAGCAAGGAGUCGGUCAACCAGGGAAACAAGGACCUCAAGGUCUGCAUGGGAUGAAUGGUUUGAAGGGGGAGAGAGGUGAACCUAGACCAGCUGGACAGACUGGUGAAGCAGGUGAAUGUAGUACGCGACGGUCCGCCUUCACUGCAGUGAGGAAUACCGCCUCCAGCCCUCCAUCCUCCUGGGAUCCUCUGCCCUUUGAAGAGUUAUUGUUUUCAGAGGAAGGGACUGAUUUCAAGUUGAAUAACGGCACGUUUACGUGUAAUGUGCCUGGGGUAUACGUAUUAAUGUUCUCAGUCUAUAAAUCAUCAGGUGAGUCCCUAUAUGUCCAGCUGAGGAAGAACGGUAACAGCAUUGUUUCAGGGGGUGUACACGAUGCAGAUAAUCAUCAAGUGAGCAGCAGUGCAGUGAUUCCUCUGCACUAUGGAGAUCAAGUUCACUUAGCUGUACUAGGUCAAGUAUAUAGUAACUCUAACCAUUACACGUCUUUUACUGGAUUCCUGCUGUACGAAAUCUAAAUCAAACAUAAAAACACACGGAAACGUUUAAAUGUUUUAGACAACGAUUUAAAUAAACUAAUAUGCAACUAUAUAGUUUUUUAAAAUAUAAUAAU